AUGGCUUGCAAUGCACUACAAAGUCAAACAAUCAGGAGAUUAAAACCAAUGAUUAUUUCAAUGUAUCCAUUCGAAAUUCAAGAAGGAAACUUUUUUCUUAUGGUUGAUAUUAAUGCUUGUGCAGUUUACAAAAGAUCAAAACCAUCUCUAGAAAAUAUGGCGAUCGGGAUUCAUAUUGAAAUGAAUAAAAAAAUUAUUUAA